AUGGCCUUGAUAUGGGAGUCCCACGACUCCCUGCCCUACAUCGACCCCGACAUCACAGAUGCCGAGCGCCAGAGAGCAAAAGCUUCGAUUGCUCGACACCUCCCCAAGGACUAUCUCAGCACGCCUCACCCCUCUCUCGCCCCUCUUCCUGCAGUCAACUUCUCCGAAACAUUCCGUCAAGAAAUCAAUCGGGUAGCUGCGGGUCAACCCCGCCAGCAAGGGAUAGACGUGUCGCGCUACGAGGCCCCGGACGAGCCGUCGAGUGACAGUGAUCAGGCCACAAUGAAAGAGGCGCUGCGAAACGCGUACAUCUUGACCACUUUCCUGUCAGAUCGACACACCAACCUCCAAUUGCUCGACGAGUUUGGCAAGAACGCUUGGCUUAUCGGCAAUUCUCAGACAGAACAAAUCCUGCAGGUGCUCGAACGCGAGCUUACCGGGCUUAAAUCUGAGACCGAAAACAUUAACAGAGCUCGGAAAGCUACCCAGGAACAGUCUAAGGGCGAGCUUUUGACCCUUCAGGAAAAUUGGAAGCGAGGUAUAGGCAGAAUUCUCGAGAUCCAGGUCGCUGCAGACCAGUUGCGGCGACAACUCGGCCAGGGUCAACUGCAUCCUGCAACAUGA